AUGGCUCAACAAGGACCACCGAGGCCUUUACGGCCCAUUGCCCCCAGAUCCUUCCCCGAUCCUCCUGCACCGGGGCCUCCGCCGGAGGAGGGGAAGAUCAAGCGAGCCUCUAUGGCCUGUACCGAAUGUAAACGACGCCGGACGAAGUGCAACGCCGCCGAGACUGCCGGUUCGUCGUGUUCUGAGUGCGCCCUCCACGGUCGUGACUGUAUUGUCGACGAGUUUGCCGAUAAACGGCGAAAAAUCUCCGCCAAGCGCACCGAAGAAAGUUUGAAAUACUAUCGUGGUUUUGUGGAAGAGUUGCUUGAGGCUAUUCGGUCCGGGGAUGGUUCAAGCAUUGAGUCAAUUGUCAAUAUCAUUCGGUCGGGCGCCUCGCACAAGGGAAUACACUCUGUUGUCACUCGGAUCUUGAACCAGUCCCCCAGGGAGGACGGAGACUCCUCGGACUCCCGGAAGAAAGCCACGCCUGAUGGCAAGAUGCCUGAUAUGACCCCAGACGGCUGGCCGUGA